AUGCCUGUAACCCCGUUCAAAGUGACCGACAACUACAGAUAUCUGAAUGGGUUCGGGGGAUACAAGGAGAGUGAGGCAGUCGAUGGCGCGCUGCCUCUAGCAGCCAACUCACCCCAAAAAUGCCCGUACGGCUUGUACAACGAGAAACUCAGCGGCACAGCCUUCACAGCACCCCGCGAUGAGAAUAAACAGACAUGGCUGUAUCGCAUACUGCCCAGCGCCAGCCACCAGAACUUCCAGCCGGUGCCUGCAGAGUCCUCACAGUCGCUCACAUCGCCGACGCCCGAGUUUGGGAAGCAUUUCAAUGCUAUCCCCAACCAGCUACGAUGGGACCCCUUCGACUUCGACGAGAAAUCAACGUGGAUUCACUCGUUACACCUCGUCGCCGGCGCAGGUGAUCCGCAGAUGAAGCAGGGUCUGGGCAUAUACAUCUAUGCUGCUGGCACGUCGAUGCCGGAGAAGUCUGCCUUCUACAGCGCAGACGGCGACUUCCUGAUCGUUCCACAACACGGCACGCUCGACAUACGAACGGAGCUGGGUCGCUUGCUCGUCCGACCAAACGAGAUCGCUGUCAUCCCACGUGGUAUUCGCUAUAAUGUAAGCCAUACCGAGCCAGUACGCGGAUAUAUCCUGGAAUUGUAUCAAGGUGCCUUCCAGCUCCCUGAGCUCGGUCCGAUCGGCAGCAAUGGCCUCGCCAACGCUCGGGACUUUCAAACGCCCGUCGCAGACUUCAUCGAGGACUUCUCUGGCGACAACACCUGGACAUUAUACGCCAAAUUCGGCGGCAACCUCUUCUCCGCCCAACAGAACCACACUCCCUUCGACGUCGUUGCCUGGCACGGGACUUUCUACCCCUACAAGUACGACCUCGGCCGCUUUAAUCCCGUGGGCAGCAUCUCGUACGAUCAUCCUGACCCAUCGAUCUUCACCGUCCUCUCUGCUCCCUCACAUGCUCACGGCCACGGUACGGCAGUCGCCGACUUCGUCAUCUUCCCGCCACGCUGGCUCGUUGCCGAGAAUACUUUCCGGCCGCCGUGGUACCACCGCAACACGAUGUCCGAAUUCAUGGGCUUGAUCGGAGGCUCCUACGAUGCGAAAGGUGCUGGCAAAGGUGGCUUCCAGCCUGCAGGCGCAAGUCUACACAACACGAUGAGCGGGCACGGACCAGAUAUGCAGACGUUCGAAAAGGCGAGCAAUGGUGACUUGCCGCCUGCCAAAGUUGGAGAGGGUAGCAUGGCUUUCAUGUUCGAGAGCUGUCUGAUGCUAGGGGUGACGGAAUGGGGGUUGAAGACCUGUGCGAAGGUGCAGGAGAGUUAUAAUGAGCACAGCUGGGAGCCGUUGAAGGUGCAUUGGAAGAGGCCGGAGAGUGAGAGGGGGUUGAGUGGGAGGGAGAAGAGGAAUGGGGUUGGGGAUGCGAGGGAUGGGAGUAGUGUGCAUGAUAUCAAGUAG